GUCAGAGAGCCAGCAGAUCAGAUGCUGCGUCAGUUUGAUGAUUCCUGGCUGAAACCUUGAUCUGCCAGGACACGUGAAGGUUGCAAACAAGGAUCGUGAAGCCUAAGACGAGUGAGGAUGUCUGAAAUGAUGAAGGCUGAAGCAGAUGAACCCGGAGUGUUCGGCUCGGAGCCCCUCAUGGCUGCAGCAUCCACAGCAGAACUGGAGCAGAAACAAGACAACAAAGAUCUCAUCCAUCAGAUGUUUGUGAUUAAAGUGGUUCCCCAUGACUGGAGACUCAGGUUGAACCAGCAGGAUCCAGAUGACUCUCACAUAAAGAAGGAGGAAGAGGAGCUGUGGAUCAGUCACGAGGAAGAGCAGCUUACCGCCAAGAUUGAAGAUGAACAGAAACCAGAACAUUAUGAGAUCAAAGCAGAUGACUUGAGAGAGGCAGAAUCUCCAACCAGCAGCUCAGAUGAGAAGACGGAAACGGAGCCUCAUGAAGAGGACAGUGGAGGAUUAGAACUGGAGAGGAACCAGGAUCCAGCAUGCUCUUCUCUGCAAACUACGACAACUUCUCACAAAAGAGUUAGGACAUCUAAGUCGCCCGCAAAUGGAGUUCAAACCGAAGAGAAGCCAUUUUGCUGCCACGUUUGUGGAAAAACUUUCAAGCGCAACGCUCAUGUUAAAUUACACAUGAUGACUCACACUGCAGAGAGAGAACAUACCUGUGAUCUUUGCGGCAAAGGAUUUAAAGAAAAGAGUUUUGUUCAGACGCACAUGAGAAUACAUACGGGAGAGAAACCGUUUUCCUGUGAUGUUUGUGGUAAGGGGUUUCAUGCAAAAACAUAUCUGAAAACUCACAUGAAGGUCCAUUCAGCAGACAAACCUUUUUCAUGUGAUAUUUGUGGUACAAGAUUUAAAAGAAAGGAAAAUAUAAAGAAGCACAUGAGGAUCCACACUGCAGAGAGACCGUUUGUUUGUAGGGUUUGCAAUAAAGACUUUUCACUGCAAAACACGUUGAACAGACACAUGCGUGUUCACACAGGAGAGAAGCUGUUUAUUUGUGAUGUGUGUAGCAAAGGAUUUUCAUUAAAACAUAAUCUGAAAAGCCACAUGGAAGUUCACACGGCACCAUUCAGCUGCAGUGAUUGCAGUAAACGUUUUGUAAAAGAAAUCCAGUUGGAGCGACAUGUGAGAGUCCACUCAGAGGAGAGGCCGUAUGGUUGUAACGUCUGUAAAAGUAGAUUUUAUCAAAGGUGUCAACUUGAAAAUCACAAGAGAGUGCAUUCAGGAGAGAAGCCGUUUGUGUGCACGGUUUGCAGUAAAGGAUUUUCACAGCUUGGAGAUAUGAGGAGGCACAUGGGACUUCAUAAAGACUCUUAACUAAACAUAGUUGUGAGCCAUACUGUCAGUAUUUUAUAUUAAUAAUUUAUGUCUACCUGAUCUCCACAUUAUCGCCUUUAAUUAAAAUAGUUGAAAAAUAAAAAACUUUAUCAUUUGUAAUUUUCUUUAUUUUUUAACUAAUCAGUUUUAGUUAAAAGUUCAAAAUGCUACAGCAAAGUGAUUUUUUUAACUGGUAAUUUCAAAAUUAACAAAGCUAAAAAGCAUAAUAAACCCAGUUGUGCUUUCACCAAGGCUUUUUCUCAAUAGCUCAAUCUUCAGUCAUUGAUUAUGUAGCGUUUGGCUUCUUCUGAUGCAGAAUUAUAAUGCAUGUCACCAAUGUAAAAGUCAAAAUGUGACAUGACCAUGUGGAAGUGGCGCAAAUCACAUUUUUUGGGGGGCUGAAAAUAUUGGAAUCGGACCAUUCAGCAUGCUGUGGAAAAGUCUGAUCUGGGUCGCAUAUUGGCAAAACAAGAAAUUGUAUUUGGAUCGCAUUUGUCUGCUGUGUGUACAUAGACUUAAGAUAUUCAGCCUAUCGACUCCGUCCAACAUUCAGAGUAUGAAGUUGAUGUUUGCACCUGACACAGAUGAGUGUCCAUGUCUUUGUAGGCGAUAAAGAGACGGACAGUUAAAGGAAUCGUAGUGUUUGUGUUCCUCCUUUAGUGACAACAAUCAUUAGGUUGACCAAACAUUUAUUAGAGUCAGUAUAAAUGUCCGGGUUUGUUUUACUUCUCACGUCUGUUUUGAUGCUGUUUUUUGCAUAUGACAAAAAAAUCCCCAAUCUCUAAUUCAUUCUGUGUAUUGUUUAUUGAUAAAAACAUUU